GUUGCACUUCGUCCUCCGGACCGAUAGGGGGAGACGCUUACCGUCUCCGCUGUCAAACCUAAAAUCAAACAUGGCGGCGUCGUUUGUGAGGUUUGUCCGCGGAGGACUCGGAAGGAGCUUUAACAUUGCUCGGAGUUCGUGUCUUCUCCAACAACAGACCAGAGCCCAGAGCUCCAGCACCGAGUCCUCCCCUACAAUCAGGCCCAAGGAUCCCGUCACUCACAACCAGCUGGCAACAUUUGGACAGUAUGUGGCUGAAAUAAUGCCUAAAUAUGUUCAGGAGGUUCAGGUGACAUGUUACAAUGAGCUGGAGGUGAUGAUCCACCCUGAUGGUGUGGUCCCUGUGCUGACCUUCCUGAGGGACCACACCAACGCCCAGUUCAGGAGCAUGAUCGACCUGACGGCUGUGGACAUCCCAACACGGCAGAACCGCUUUGAGAUCGUGUACCACCUGCUGUCGCUGCGCUACAACUCCCGUAUCCGCAUCAAGACCUACACAGAUGAGCUAACACCAGUGGACUCUGCUGUCCCCGUCCACUUGGCUGCCAACUGGUAUGAGAGGGAGGUGUGGGACAUGUUUGGUGUGUUCUUCGCCAACCAUCCUGACCUGAGACGCAUUCUGACCGACUACGGCUUUGAGGGUCACCCCUUUAGAAAGGACUUCCCUCUUUCAGGUUACGUCGAGCUGCGUUAUGAUGAUGAGGUGAAGCGUGUGGUGGCGGAGCCCGUGGAACUAGCGCAGGAGUUCAGGAAGUUCGAUCUGAACACACCCUGGGAGGUGUUCCCUGCCUUCCGAGAGCCCCAACAGGCUGAGCCCAAGCUGGAGGCUGGUGACGUCUCCUCGGAGAAGAAGUGAUGUCCUUCUGUUCACACACAGUUCUUCAUCAUCACACCUCCUGUUAUUCUGGGACUUCACCUGAAAUAUUUAUGUAAAUAAAAAGUACUAAUAAAACAUUCUUUAGAUGG